ACAGUAGUGCUGCAGACCAAACGGCGGUGUCUCGUCUCUCUCCAGUCGUGUAAAUGUGCGCGGACUGGACCAGGAGCCACGGCCCUCUCCAUGGACGCACCACGCGCUCACGCAUCACUUUGACGCAUCUGUAAACGCAGCUCCAGCACAACACGCGCACAGGAUAAACCCAUAAACACUUCUCUGUGUUUCAUGCUGGAUCUUUGAAUGGUGCGUUUUGGAUCACCGGCGACAUGUCCCUGUUUGUCAGAGCCAGACUUGUUUGUCCUCACCUACAGUAGGUGUAAUCUCACCUGGUCCUGCCCUCAAACAACUGUCAGCGAGGCCGACCCCACUAAUCAUCGUCUGAGGUGUCAAGCAGCCCUCACUCCUCCGAUGUCCGGCCCCUCCUCAGUGUGAUCUCCAUGGCUCCGGUGCUGAGUGGGGUGUGGUGGGGGCCCGAGGCGGGAGUGGUGGGCUCUGGGGCGGCGGUGGCCAGUGGAGUGGGGGUCCUGGUGGGCAGUGAGCAGAUCGUCCUGGUCUGUACCCUCAGCGGACUCACCGUUCUACUGCUGGUGUCUGUGCUGUUGCUGCUCUGUGCCAGCUGCCAAGGGCAGAAGAAAACAGUCUCAGGCCAUUCCGUGGGGGACCAGGAAAACCUUGUGAAUGGGGGAGUGUCAGAGCGGGACACUAUCAGCCAAUCAGCAGACAGUCCAGCCACAGACAUAGGGGUCAGCAGCUCACACAAUGGACCUCUAACAAGCGGUACAAUUCUGACAGACACACAGGAUCUUAGUCCCCAGCCCUCAGAGGAACUGCUCUCCAGCCAAUCAGAGCUCAGGUCCUCCAAGUGUCCCCAGGACCGGGAGCUACCCAGUAUCCCUCCCACCAGUGCCCUUAUCAGGGAUGGACCUCCGGCCUCUGGGGACAGCACCUAUGAGGUUGUGAAGGAGAUAGCGCCCACCUCCAGAGACGUCAGUGUGGAGGACUCACUUUACGAAACGGUCAAAGAACUCAAAGAGCCUCCCCUUCAGCUGGGAAUCCCCAAUGGUACAACUCAUUUGACCCGGGACGAACCCCCGCACCCCCCUCCCCCCACCAACCUUCUCCUCAACGGACACCCCAGCCCCUGCACUCCUGAGCGGGGGCCCCUGUGCACGGGGGUGGAGUACGCCUCUGUGGACCUGAGGAAGAAGAGCCGGCACAGCGCUGAUAUGGAGGCCAAGAGGCGCUCGGAAAACCAUGUGACCGCUCCUGUCCAAAAAGAGGAGGAAGAUCUGCCCCCACCUGUCCCAGAGAAGGUCCUGGAUGAGAAUGAUAACCAGCCUGUAGUGGUCAAUGGGCUGAUGGGGGCGGGGCAGCAUAAUGGAGAGUUACACUCCCCUCUGUCUCCCGCACCAGGGUUCGAAAACCACAUUUUGCCAGACAAUGAGUCUGCUGUAUACUCUACUGUUAACCAAUCAAACGGCUCUAUAAAUGACGACGACAAAGAACAUGACUACAGCAGCAUUGCCGAAAUCAAAGGCCUCGUCCCUGCUUCUUCCUCUAGCGAUCUGUACGCCACUGUUAACGACAUUCUGCCUCACCAGCUCCACCUAGAGGAAGACCCUGUUAUGGACAGCAACGACCCAGGCUACGAGACCAUCCGCAUCCCAAAGACUAGCAGCUCUGACGAUGAGCACAGGGGCCUGAUGGGAGCGGAGGGGUCAGAGGUCACCAGACCAGAGCCACAUUAUGAGAGUGUGGGAGAGUUGGGAUUGAGCAGAGAAAUGUCACGACUUUGAGUUUUCAUUGAUGCGUUGAUGACCUCUCUUGAGAGGCAGGCAGAACGGUUCAAGACGCAGUUCGUAAUCAAUGUAUGUGUCUGAUUUACAGCUAGGGUACGUUUAUCAUAUCUACCAUUCAACUAAUUUAAUCAACCAGGGUGAAUGUCACUGGUACUAGCAUGGCCUAGUGUUAAAUGAAGUGCGGUACAGCCAUUGGGCAUCAAUCAUGUGGAACAGUGCACUUUGGUUUACCAUUAUAUCUGACAGUACAUAUCACGGACGCGUGAGCAACUCCUGGGUUGUGAACAAGAUCAAUUAUAUACAAUUAAAACUAGCCUAUGAUGACCAAACAUGGUUUAAAGGUUUGGAGAAGGACACACUCGGUGCCUGAAGAAGACAACAGUGCCAUAUAUUCUGAUGAGAAGCAUCUUGUAGUAUUAGAACAAGGAAAGCUGCACUGCAAAUGCAAGUGACUUUGCAACCCCCAAGAAUUCAAGCAUUUACAAAUAAUAAAGGAUUUAUUCACAAUCAAAUGUGAAUGGAAGGGUAUAAAUUUGAAUUUUAGACUCACCUACAUGACUUUUUUGCAACUCUUGAGAUGUGUUGCCGUUCUUAAAUGAACAGAAAUGUAGUAGUAUAGUAUAGUAUUGUACUUUAUAGCUAUAUUCUCAUAUUAUUUGCUGACGUUACCAUAUAGUUUUAGCCCACCUUUUUGGAAUAGGCUGUUAUUGUGAUAUAUCUGGACUCUACAGUUUAAUGUUGCAAAGUUACUUUUGCUGCAGCAGUUUAUCACUUUGCAUACAGUGGUUGGUCGGAGGAAGAGCUCAUCAGCUUGUGGUUAACAGUACUUUAACAUAUGAAAGCUUUUUCUGUGUUUUAUAAUCAGCAAUUUCUUUUGUUGAAGUUCAUAUUUAUUUUUUCAAAAAACAUUGUAAUUGUAAAAGAUUGAGAAGUAAUAGAGGUUUUGUAAGUUUUUAGAGUUUUUACAAAAAAAAAGUUAUUGAAAGUUGUAAAGGUGCACUUAAAGUUUGUGUACAGAAAGUAUCAUAUUUACUGUGACUAGUAUUUUAUUAUGGUUUUAUUUUUAUAAGAUGCCGAAAAUGCCCUUUGAAAAUUUUCUUGGUACAUAUGAAGUCUUGUAUUCCUUACUUAAGCACAAAGUAAUUCAGAUGGUACGGGCAGUUACUGUAUGUACAGUCAUUCAUUUUGUUUUUAUUUCUGUAUAACUGUCAUAUGAAGCUUCUCAAUGUUAUGUAUAAACUUAAUCUCUGAAUUGUACAUACAUGGUCCACUCAUGUAACACAGUGUUGCUUCAAGUCAGUGCUGUGCAAACAUGUCAGAAUUCCUCUAUAGUUAAAUUCCCUUUACAUUGAAUCAUAAUUCAGCCUUUUAAGGUUUUUGUUUCAUGUGUUUUAGUGGUACAGAUUCAUUAAGACAGUUCUAAUUCUUAGAAAAAAAACCUCCCAAACAUAACUAAAACUUUUGCAUAGUACUGUCUCUGUGUGUGUAAUGUGGUUAAAUGUUUAUUUUAUUUGUUAUACUAGACACACUCCUAUGAUAAUCUGAUCUUAUUUAAAAGUCCUUAAUAGACGAGGCUUUGUAGGAAAAUGUGACAAAUGGUACAUAAUGUUGGUACUUACUUUUACAUGGUACUUUGUUCUAAUUGAUGUCUAUUUAGUUAUAUAAAAGAACCAAUGAUUUAUACUGUAAAUAUUCUUUCCACAGUCUUCUGCAGUGUGACGGUGUCCAAAUAGCCUUUAUGUUAAUGUGCCGUACUGAAGCCAUCUUCCCCAGUGGACGGUUAAGAUUCAUAAUUGAUAUUAGAAAUUCUCCAGGCAUUUUCUAGAUUUCAAAUGCACCAAUCACAACAGUAUGCCCAUUUCCACUUGAUGCUAAUUAUAACUGCUAUGUAUAUGCUCCCUGAUAGCUGUGACCUUUUGGUAUAGGGAUAUCAACAGGGCUUGACAUUAACACUGACCGCUCUGGAAAGUGGUACUUGCCAAUUAUUUCAGCCGCCACAAUUGAGAUAUUUGAAUGUGCAGUAAUAAUACAAUGGGUUUAAUCGUAUUGAAUUCUUAAUCAUUUACACAAAAUUUUCUGGCUUUCUCUUGCUUUAGAUUGGUCCAUCACGGCAUUAAACGUAUCUAUGUCCACAAGAAGGUGACACUAACAGGCCAAGUUACAGGUCAGGUUUGUGGAGAGACCCCGCUCAUAGUAAUAAUGCAUUUACCAGUCACUAUGGAGACAAACAGCUAGUAAACUUCAACCAGAAAAGUUGUUUAGUGAACGUUUAAUAAAGAGCAUAUUUAAAAAAAAAAAAGUAACACAUAAAUCCGCUAAAACAUCAUUUGACCGAGUAAAGUGCGACGAGCCGUGCACUCAGUUGGCAGGUCAUUAGUGCGUGCUGAUGUCGAGCCCUCCCUGAACCAAAACGCAGGUCUCGUGUACUCAUAGUCGUAUAUAUAUGUGACCUCUAAGAAAAUGAUGUGUCAAAAUUUAAGACUGGUACCAAUUCAGAUGUAAGCCUGUAGGUAAUAGAUACUCAGCUAAAACCACUUAUUUCCUCUUUAUGUGCAUCUGGGUCUUACAAACCCCACUAUGUCCCUUCGGGGAAUGGGGGUGCACACUCGCAGAUACUCUCCAUGCCUCUCUCCUCUCAGCUCUAUGACUUUCUGUAAUGAUGUCAUUUGUUUCCCUCACAAGCAGCGGACAUCUCUGUACUGACACCCGCCUUUGAUCAGGGGGUAAAUGCUGUUUUGGCAGUUAUGGCCCCAUCACUCACCCCUAGCUGUCUGGCUCCCCCAGUCUCAGCAUGUAAAUAUUUUAUGACAUGAAUUGUUCUAUUAAAAAAUAUAUCGAUAGUAAAA